AUGAAAAAUGAGAAAAACGAAUUCCGUUCUGCAGUUGAACAAAUUAAUCGUUUACCAACAUAUAUAGUACCCACGAAUUAUAACAUCAAAUUGAUACCAUACUUUGAAAAGAAUUAUACUACUUAUACAUUAGGAGGCGAAAUUAAUACCAGGAUUCAUAUUCAUAAAAAAACGCGAUAUAUAUAUUUACUCGAAUAUUUUUUAUUUAUAUCUGACACACCCACAUUGAUCAACGAGAAUAACGGCAAUAUCUAUUUAUUAUGGCAACAAUAUACAUAUUAUAAUCCUAUAACGCAUAUAUUAAAAUUUUAUCUUACCCAGGAUCUCUUGCCCGGGUUCUAUAUUCUGAAUAUAAAAUUCUAUAGUAUGUCGGUUCUUCCCAAGGAAAAUAACUUCAAAAUUUCAUAUAUAAAUAGAAGACCAGAUGUAAUGUGGUUAAACGCAGUGCAUUUUCAACCAAUUAGAGGCCGACGAUUAUUUCCAUGUUGGGAUGAACCAGCAUUUAAAGCCACUUUUAACAUUUCCAUAUUACAUCAUGAAAAUUAUAUGGCUUUGUCGAAUAUGCCGAUUCAAAAUUUAGAGUUUGUGGGUAAUAAUAUGGUUUGGACACAUUUCCGCACUACUCCGUUAAUAUCAACGUAUCACGUGGCAAUUGUGCUGACUAAUUUUCCCUCUCAUCGUAUUAACGCAAAUACCUCCAAACAUCAAACUAUAUGGUGCAGAACAUAUUCUGCACAAUAUACACAAUUUGCGGAGAAUAUAUUUGAAAUUGUUACAUCGCAUUUAGGAAUCAGGUGGAAUAAAAAAAUUGCAAAAUUAGAUCACGUUAUUCUUCCAGAAUCUAAAAAUAUGUGGAAUUGGUAUUUGCGAGAUGGCAUGUCGCAAUGGGGACUUAUUUUUUAUAGAGAAACGAGAGUUUUAUACAAUGAAGUAAUAGAUCCUCCUUCACGUAAAAUAGAGAUUAAGCGAUUAGUAACACAUGAAGUAGUACAUCAUUGGUUGAGUAAUCUGGUCAGACUGUCUUGGUGGUCUUAUUUAUGGAUAACCGAUGGUAUUGCAGGAUUAUUUGCAGCAAAUGCCAUUAAUGAGAUGUUUCCAGAUUCUCGGAUAUCAGAUUUAUUUGUAGUUCAGAUCCAACAUGAUUCUCUUAAUUUGGAUACUCAUUCCCUUAUGAAACCUCUUCACCAAGAAAUUAAUGACAUUGCUGAUAUUGAUUUACUUUUUACCUCCGUUUCUUAUAUCAAAGCACCUGUUAUAUUUCGCAUGUUUGAACAUAUGCUUACUGAUGUGAUAUUUUGGAAAGGGAUCAAUAAAUAUUUAAAUAUGGAAUUUAGUCAACUUAGCUCUGCAAAUUCUGGUUAUGAUUUAUGGAUGGCUAUGCAAAUUACUCAAAUUAAAUCGAGUUCUAAAUAUCUGCCUAACUUAAGAAACAUAAUGAGUAAAUGGACAACGACAAGUCAGUACCCUGUAGUAAACGUGAUUCGAGAGAGCCGAAGUGGCAAUAUAAUAAUAUCACAGGGAAAAAACACAUGGUGGAUACCUAUAACUUACACUACACAAACAGAACUCAAUUUCAAUGACACUGUGCCUCGCCAUUGGCUAACACCAAAUGUUCAGCAAAUAAUUAUUUCAAAUAUUACACAAUUUGAUUGGAUUAUAUUUAACUUGCAACAAACUGGCUACUAUCGCGUUAAUUAUGAUCUAACAAUGUGGCAAAGAAUCGCCUAUUAUUUAAAUUCUGGCAAUUAUAAAAACAUACAUGUUCUGAAUCGUGCUCAAAUUCUCGACGAUGCAUUUUAUUUUGCAAUAGAAGAGAAAUCUAUAAAUUUGUCUACAUUUUGGAAUCUUAGUAAUUACUUAUCGCAAGAGAUAGAUUAUAUAGUAUGGUACCCUAUGAUCAAAGCUUUUGAAUAUUUGUCAAUUUAUAUUCCAUUUUCGGAAAUUGGACUUGAGGAAAAGAUGCGUAGAAUUUUGCCUACACUUUUUAAGAAGAUAGGGUACCAAGAAAUUUCUAACGAGCAUGAUCUUACUAAAUGUUUAAGACAAGAAAUUGCAAAAUGGGCAUGUGUUCUCGGUGAUUCUGAUUGCAGAAAUAAUGCCAAAUCUAAACUAGAAUGGCAUUUUGCCAAUCCUGAAAAGCAUAAAAUUUUGCCAUGGUGGGAAGAUUGGACAUUCUGUAAAGGUUUGAUAAAAGCAAACGAUUCUAUGUGGAUGAAAAUGCUGGAUAUAUAUAAAAAGAAAUAUAAUAAAAAAAUUUUAGAAUACUUGACCUGCUCAGAAAAUUCUAAUAUUAUUCAAAUAUAUUUAAAUAAGAUAACGGAUAAUGUAACACUAAAAAUCAAUGAUAGUGUUAAUAUUUUCCUUCGUAUUAUUGCAAAGCAUGCAAAAAAUAUCGAAAUAUUGAAAUAUAUAUUGGAGAAUUUCGAAAAAAUAAAACCCAGAGAAGUCAAUGUGUUUGCGGCAUUAACUGUUAUUCUUAAUCAUGGGAAUUUUGAAAAUCAAGAGAACAUGGUAAAUUACAUACUUUAUUCAUUUCUUAUUAAUAGAGCCUUCUAA